CGUAUUCGUUAACGAACCGCCUUCGAGAUCGCAACGUUGACCGUGUGCGGGGCUUACUAUAUUAUUAUUUAUAUACAAUCCGACAAUCCGAGACUCGCGACGCCGUCUUUUUUGUUGUUCUUUUUCUUAGUGUUUUGUGCUUUAUUUUAUUUUUUUCUCUAAAAAAUUCAGUGAGUGACGAUGAACAGCAUUAAUAUGUAUUUUAGUGCCGUCUCUUAAAAUAUCGCUGCCGGGGAAAAAAGAGAGCGCGAUAAACACAGUGAGGAGUGCCUGAGAGCAUUGCAGUUUAAUUGUCAAUGUAAUUGAGAAAAAAAAAAAAAAAAUAUAAAAAAAAAAACAACCACAGAAAUUGAAAAGUAGAACAGGGAGUGGGAAGGAGGAAAUCGGUGGGAGAGAGAUAAGACAAGAAUAGUUAUGACGCCGACGUCGAAGAUGCAAAUCCUAUGCCUAACUGUGAUCCUUUGGCUCCUGCGGUUCCAGUCGAUAUUUGCAUAUGUGAACCUUUACAACCGCCUACCCGGCUAUGCGCAGACCUCCUCCGGAGGCCAGGAUUUCCUGUCUGGCCAUCACCCCCAUUCCAGCUCCGCGGCCGGCGCCGCUGUCCAGCAGCAGCAGCAGCAGCAGCAGCCCGUCAACCAGGAGAACCUAUGCAGCCACUGCGCCUGCACCCAUCUCAAGGCCAUCUGUGACUUCCAGCUAAACAAAACGCUGUCACCGGAUUGGGACUCCAAGUACCGAGUGCCCGUUAAGAUCAAGUCCAUUGAGGUGUAUCUGAGGCCCAGCAUUGAGUUCCGUUUGUUCCAGAACUUUUUCCAGGACAAUCAAGUGAAUUACUUUGGGGUCAACGGGGUGAAGGACAACGAUAGGGUGGAGGUUACCCAAAAUGCCUUUAGCCGGAACAAGGGUGGCUUUCCCAAUAUAGAGUUUCGCAAAGUAUCGCGAGUUUACCUUCAGGAGAAGACAUUGUCCGCUGUUGAGUUCAAGCUGCUGGUGGAGGAUACCGAGCUGCUGGUGGUGUUCGCCAAUGCCUUUACCAUGGCCAAUCUGGACUGUACCUUCCGGCGGAUCAAGGAUCUUCAGUUGAACGAGAAGGCCUUUAGUCAUGGCGGUGCCCAGAAUGGCAUAAAUCUACGCGUUGAGGACUCUAACAUCGAUGAGAUUGGCCGUUUUGAUCUGUCCAUGAGCAAGGUGAGCUUUGUGCGCUGCAACAUUGGCACCAUUGGCCGCAAUGCCUUCGAUGUGACCAAGAUCAAGGAGCUGUCCUUUGAGCAAUGCAACAUAACGACCAUUAAGGCCCAGGCUCUAACCGACAAGCUGCACAGCGAGAAUGUGUCCUUUGUGAGCACGGUGAUUGGAACCAUUGAGGGUGAGGCAAUCAACCAGAGCGGCAUCACCACCCUCACACUUCGAGGCAACACUAUUGAUAAAAUCCAAUCGGGUGCGAUUCGUAUAACAGCGGUGGACACUUUUAUACGCAACAAUACGGUGCGCCACAUGGAACCCAACUGGUUGAACGUGGUCAUGGCAUCCCAGGUGGAGAUUGAGAACAAUCGCUUUGGACACUUUUCUCGCUUCGAGGUGAACAGUGCCCCGAUAGGUGCCCUGAACUGCUCCUUUGCCAACAAUCAGCUGGAGGAUCCCCAGCAUGGCAGCCUGAAUUUCAGCCGAUGUGGUGUCCACCGGAUCCGUGUGGGUCGGAUUUGCUCUUGCGAUGCCAAAGCAUGGCUAAAGACACUAACCGACCAUGAUCUGGAUUCGGAGAUUCUCUGUCCGCUCAAGUCGGAGGAUCGUAGCUGCUUCAAUGCCACCACCGUGGAUCGGCGACGGUUUGAGCACGAGGCCUGUGGCGGGAAUGGCACACGACACUGCUCCGAAGGCCUGUGGAUGACACAAUCGGAGAGCGACCAGUUGAGCGGCACUGCCAGCCUCUUGAGCAUCAAAUGGAUAUCCUGCAUUGUGGUUGGUGUCACCCUCAUUCUAUCCUUGGUUAUCUACCUCGGAAUUGUGUGUGUAACCCGGUUGCGUCCCAGUGGCGGUGGUCAGGCGCGGAUGAAAAAAUGUGCCUUUGCGGAGGAAACCAAACGACAGUUGCUCCUGGCAGCGGAGAAGCUCAGCGAGAACGAUCAGACGCGCAAGGCCAUCAACAAGCUGAUCAAGAAUGGUCCAUUUACUGAAGAUGAGUGUUUUAAGCGCACUUGUGAAAUUGUUCAGAACAUUCCGCACAAAUCGUCGUCUAUCAAGGAUCUCCUGUCGAACCAUCUGCUCGAGUGCCAUGAGAGCGGCUCACCGAUGUCGGCCAGCGGUGGCGGCGACUAUGGCAUGUCGACAAUCGGUGCCGGUGGAUCGGUGGAUCAUCAUCACCAUCAUCACAUCUCGGCGCCGAGCGCACCCAGUGCGUUCGAGUGCGGAGACUAUGACCAAGAUGAGCCCAUCUAUCAGGAGCCGGACCAGCAGCAGCAUCCGCUUAUACCCAGCGAGUACUCGGAGCUGCCGCCGCCAGCGGAGGAUCCGUACUCAGAGCCGUUCAAUGCCACCAAUGCGAAUGACAUGCCACCGGCCUAUCAGUAUGCCACGCCCCUGCGCCACCCAAGACCACAGCCUCCAACAACGACAACUGUCUGCUAUGCCAGUCCAGUUUGGCGCUCCACGCCCAGUGCCACUCCCACCAGUAGACCUCCCUCGGGAGCAGGAGCGGGAACGGGAACGGGAGCGGUAGCGCCACGACAUGUACGUGACCUGAGGCAGGAUCUGGAGGCAAUGCCGCAGUUUCAUCCCAAUCAGCUGACCUCGGCGCGAAACCAAAGACAGCUGCAGCAGAAUUAUCCACAGCCACAGCCGCAGGCACAAUCACAAUCUCAGUCACAGUCACAGCCACAACCACUUCCUCAACCUCAUCCGCCGCCCUACAGUCAGCCAGGUAUCCGACGUCAUCGGAGCCGGCAGAGCUUUGAGUGCUUGGAUGGCGCUGCCAGUCUGGCGGCCAUGGAGCACAUGGACUCGGGAUCGGAUCACUCCGGCGGCAGCGAUGUAACAGUCCAAAUCACCGAUGUGAUCGAUUAUGCGGACGCCUGAAAGUAUGCAGCGAAUAUAUAAGGGAUAUAUAUAUCCACCUGUCACAGCUGCCACAACACGAUCGAGAAGCGAAAAGAAGAAAUGAUUAAGAUAAGCGUAAACCUGCAACCUGCCAGCCAGCAGGGCACAAAAGAAGAAAAGAAAAAGAAUUGGGGAAAAGUAAGCGAAAAAACACUUUGUGAUAUUGAAACAGUUUCUCCGGAGGGAAAAACUAACAGAUAGGUGGAGCGGCGCCAAUCGAACUACGAGCUAAGCUAGAUUAAGUCCAAAUAAUUUAAAAUAAAUGAGUCCCAGAGCAGACAAAGCGACAAACUGA